AUGUUGAAUCCAGAUUUGGUUCAUCGAGUUUCAACUUAUCUUGUCAUACCUUACCUGUUAUCAUGUCACAACUACAACCUGUUCGUCCUCCAGUGGAAGGCUGGACAAUUCCCAAGUGAGCUAUUACCACAGCUAGCUGACCCUCAUUUCUGUGAUUCCAAACAAAUCGAUUUAUUGAUUGGAGGUGGUGCAUUCUUUGACAUAUUGCAGCCAAGUCGUAUACAGCUGGAUGUGAAGAUGCUAUAUCUGCAGGACAGCAAGUUGGGUUGGAUAGUCACAGGUGAGUUGAGCCACACAUGUCUGCUAAGUGUUGGCAGGUCGUUGGAAAAGGAAUCUAAGGCAAUUCUCGGCCACGAGGAUGUUUUGUACGACAAACAAUCAAAGUCCACAUUUAGACGAAAUGAGGAAGGUCGUUUCGUGCUGCAAUUACCCGUCAAAACAGACCUAACUAAUUUAGGUCAGAGUGUCAACUCAGCUACAUCUAGGUUUCUCAGUAUGGAGAGAAAACUACAGCAAGAUGCAGACUUGCGAAUUGAGUACACGAAGUUCAUGAAAGAUUAUCUGGAGAUGGGCCAUAUGCAAGAAGUUGUGAAGGAAUCGAAUAUUCCUAAGCGAUCAUGCUACUUACCACACCAUGCAGUAUUCAAGAGCUCAAGUUUAACAACUAAAAUUCGAAUCGUUUUUUGA